AAUAAAUAGUGACGCGGAGUUUCGUCGUCAAUUGUUUGCCAUGGAAACGACGAAAAGAACGAGCAAUAACGGCGGUCAUUGCGGCACCGACGCCGACGGGAAGAUCCGUAUUUCGAAGCCGUUUGCAGUUGGACUGGCGGUGCUUUUCGUAGGCGCCACCGUCGCCGUCGGGCUACUCGUUUACAACUUUGCCGACCCCGUUGGCGGUGACAAUGACGACUCUGCCCUCGCCACCACAAUGUCGCCAUCUACCGCAUUACCCCCGCAGCUGCUCAAGGACGUUCGUCUCCCAACCCACCUGAAACCCCUGGUGUACGACGUCCGUCUUCUGCCAUUUGUGGAAGAAGCCAAGGAUUGGCGCAUCGACGGCUACGUCAAGGUCUACAUGAGCUGCACCUCACCUGGUCGCAAUGUGACACUGCACUUGCUCGAAAUCGUCGUCGACGAGUCCUCCAUCAUUGUCGAGAAUGUCGACACUGGGGCUAGGGUCCCAGUGACGGAUAUUGGGUACGACAAGGCCAGGCAAUUCAUGACUGUGAACCUGGGCGAGGACUUGCGACCCGGGAUGCAAUAUUCGCUGGAGAUUGGCAAGUUUGACGCUGUGCUGAAUGACAAGUUGGCUGGGUUUUAUAGGAGCAAGUAUGAACACCAGGGAAGCAUCAGGUACAUGGGUGUCACACAGUUUGAGGCAACUGACGCACGCAGAGGCUUUCCUUGCUUUGAUGAACCCGGCAUGAAGGCCAAGUUCAAUGUGACACUGGGACGAAAGAACACAGACAAUUGGACAACCCUGUCAAACAUGAAUGCUAUUGCCAAAGGUGUCCCUCAGUACAUGGGUGUCACACAGUUCGAGGCAACUGACGCACGCAGAGCCUUUCCUUGCUUUGAUGAACCCGGCAUGAAGGCCAAGUUCAAUGUGACACUGGGACGAAAGAACACAGACAAUUGGACAACCCUGUCAAACAUGAAUGCUAUUGCCAAAGGUGUCCCUCAUAAAACUUUGAAUGGAUACGUAUGGGACAAGUAUGCAGUCAGUGUCGACAUGUCCACAUACUUGGUCGCCUUUUGUGUGUCUCAGUUUGAGAGCAUAACGAGCAUCACCAACGACAAAUUCAAGGUCUGGGCAAGGUCGGACAUGAUUGACAGGACCAUGUUCGCUGCAAAUGAAGGCGCUAAAAUUUUGAAAUUUUUUGAGGAUUACUUUGAAAUCGAUUACCCUUUGCCAAAGAUGGACAUGCUGGCGUUGACGGAUUUUUCAGCAGGUGCCAUGGAAAACUGGGGCAUGAUCACCUACAGGUAA